AUGGUGUGGUGUGACCGUGGCGUCCAGAUGCUGCUGACCACGGUGGGAGCCUUCGCCGCCUUCAGCCUCAUGGCCAUCGCCAUCGGCACCGAUUACUGGCUCUACUCCAGCGCUCACAUCUGCAACGGCACCAACAUCACGACGGACGAGGCGCAGGGGCCGCCAAGGAAGGCGAGGGGCGAUCUCACGCACUCGGGGCUCUGGAGGAUCUGCUGCCUCGAAGGAAUCUACAAAGGACAUUGCUUCCGAAUCAACCAUUUCCCUGAAGACAAUGACUAUGACCAUGACAGCUCAGAAUACCUUCUCCGCAUUGUCCGUGCCUCCAGUGUGUUCCCCAUCCUAAGCACAAUAUUGCUGUUGCUGGGAGGACUCUGUGUUGGAGCAGGAAGGAUUUACAACAGCAAAAACAACAUUAUUCUCAGUGCUGGGAUUCUCUUUGUUGCAGCAGGACUAAGUAAUAUCAUAGGGAUCAUUGUCUACAUAUCAAGCAACACAGGUGACCCGAGUGACAAGCGAGAUGAGGACAAAAAGAACCAUUACAACUAUGGUUGGUCUUUUUAUUUUGGAGCCUUGUCUUUCAUCGUGGCUGAAACCAUAGGUGUUCUGGCUGUGAACAUUUAUAUUGAGAAGAACAAAGAGCUGAGGUUUAAGACCAGGAGGGAAUUCCUUAAGACUUCUUCCAGUUCUCCUUAUGCCAGGAUGCCAAGUUACAGGUACAGGAGGCGGAGGUCCAGAUCCAGCUCUCGGUCUACAGAACCUUCUCCAUCUAGAGACAUUUCUCCAGUUGGCAUGAAGAUAGCAAGCACCAUUCCCAUGAACGAGAUUUCCAUGUACACUCUUUCCAGAGAGCCUUUGAAGGUUACAACCGCUGCCAGCUACAACGCGGACCAAGAAGCCAGUUUUCUGCAGGUUCACAACUUCCUUCAGAAGGAGUUUAAGGAAGGACUCCAUGUCAACAUGGUCAACAGGAGAACAACACCUGUUUGAAGCACCUUCCUUUCCCAUGCUUUUUGAAGAAACACCGAAACAGGAUGGAUCGGUCGUGAAAGAGAAGGAGCG